UGCCGGGUCUCCCCACUUAGCAGCCAGAACUUCGGUGACGGCUGGCGCGUGGCUCUGAAGUGAGUGAAAUAGGAUAAAUUCCCCCGACUCAGGAAAAGGCAGAGGCAAGGAAUUGAUUUCAAGAUGUUUGACAAUAAUGUUACCGACCAUAAGCCAAAUGUGGAAGCCAUAAUUAAAAAUAUUAACACAAUUUCUUUGGAGUUGAAGAAAAUGAAAGAGCUCUCCCAGUUACUGCUUUGUGACCUGACCCUAUGUUUUAGUCAUCCCGUGAAGACGGAUGAUUUAAAGGAAACAGAAAGAAACAACCCCCUCUUUGAAGAGUCUAAAAUGUCAGAUGUAUCUCUUGCUUCUGACAGCUUUUUAAUCUGAUUUUUUAUUUAUUUGUUGUGAAUUUAUAACUUUUUAUUGUUGAAUUAACACAUACCUAGGAGAAUUGAGUUUACUAAUAUAUUU